AUGAACGAGUCAAGGCUAAAAACAAACUCUUCAUUUGCAAGUGAGGUCACCAUCCCCACACAUCAACAACACCGAAAGAACAACAACUAUACACCGUCGGUAUAUACGGAAAAGUCAGCCACCAUCGCUGCAGAUCAAAGCAAAUUUAAAUCCGUGCUAGCAUCUGUUAAAAGAGUUUCUUGGGCCUUAUUUGUAAAGUAUUGGUUCUUGCUGGGUCUAUUAGUAGCCAUUGUAUUUGCAAUUUUAUUUCCAAAUGUUGCCAGAAAAGGUGGAUAUAUUCGUGCUGAAUGGUCCAUCAAGUGGGGUGCCGUCGUAGUGAUUUUCUUAAUAUCAGGUUUAUCCUUGCGCACAAAAAUAUUAGCAGAGACAAUCUUACGUAUCCGACUUCAUCUACUCAUCCAGAUAAUCAAUUUGAUCAUCAUUCCAUUUACUGUCUUUGGUCUCGUCUUGUUGUUUUUCAAACUGCACAUGAACAUUAAUUCCAUGUUACUUGUGGGUGUGGUCAUUGCUGCAAGCACACCCACCACAGUUUCAUCAAAUGUUGUCAUGACGAAAAAUGCCAAAGGAAAUGAAGCGUCAGCCCUAAUGAAUGCUGCACUGGGAAAUGUUCUCGGUAUAUUCGUAUCGCCAGCCCUUGUAUCCGUGUUUCAAGGCCCUUUAAUAGCUGCUACACCUGAAGAGGAAAGCACUGCACAAGCCAGCGGGGGUGUUGAUUUCAUCCAAGUCUUGAAACAACUGGGUGCUACCGUCUUGGCACCUCUGGUUGUAGGUCAAAUCAUCCAAUGGUUCUUUACUGAACCGGUUGCCAAGUUUAAAGUCAAGUUCAGGCUAUCUGAUGUCAGCAGUUUCAUGCUUUUGACCAUGGUCUGGUCCGUCUUUUCCGACGCAGUGUAUUCAGGGUCCUUUUCGGCAGUGAAACCUAAAGACAUUGUAGCGGUUGCUAUCUUGAAUGCGGGAUUUUAUAUCAUCUUCUCUCUCUUUUGUUUAAUGAUGGCUAGAUUGCCACUUCCUAGAUGGAUUGAAACACCAGACUGGUUAAAGAGAUUUCGAUAUUCCCGUGAAGAUACCGUUGCCAUCAUGUAUUGUGGUGCAACAAAGACAGUAGCUAUGGGCGUGCCAUUGAUCAAUGUGCUUUACCAGAAUGGAGAUCCUGGUACGAUUGGUGUCUUAUCUACUCCCUUAUUAUUGUACCAUGUUGAGCAAUUGAUCCUUGGUAACAUCGAGGUGGAACUACUAAAGAAAUGGGUAGAGAGCGGACAAAGAAAGAGAGAACAGCGAGAGACUCCUGUCAUAAGGGAUGAAGAAGAGAAUGCGUAUGACAGCGAAGUUACACACGUGGCAUCUCAAAUAGGUCCUCACUCACAUUCACCCUCUCCAUUAUCACAACUACAUUAUUACGAAAAGUAA